AUGUCGUCAAGCGUUCACCAAGCCACGUGCUCGGCGCCCGUCAACAUCGCCGUCAUCAAAUACUGGGGAAAGAAGGACACCACUCUCAUCCUCCCAACCAAUGACAGUCUGUCAGUCACCCUGGAUCAGGAUCACCUGCGAUCCGUCACCACCGCUCGCGCAGAUGCCAGCUUCGGCUCUCAAGAUCGCUUGUGGCUCAACGGAGAGGAGGAAACGAUCAAGGCUGACGGUCGACUACGCAGAUGCAUCGAUGAGAUGAAGAAGCUCAGGCAGGCCAAGGAGUCCAAGGAUAGCAAUUUGCCAAAGCUUUCGGAAUGGGCCGUGCACGUCUGCUCCGAGAACAACUUCCCCACGGCAGCAGGACUCGCUUCGUCCGCCUCCGGUUUCGCCGCACUCAUCGCAUCGCUCGCGGCGCUCUACGAGCUCCAGCCAGAGGUCUCGAGCUCCGAGCUCUCACGCAUCGCUCGUCAGGGAAGUGGAUCCGCUUGCCGAUCGCUGUUUGGCGGCUACGUCGCUUGGCAGGGCGGAGAGCAAUCUUCCGGUCAGGACAGUCUCGCCGUCGAGGUAGCACCUCAAUCUCACUGGCCCGAGCUUCAGGCGCUGAUCUGCGUCGUCAGCGAUGCCAAGAAGGGCACGCCUUCCACCGCCGGUAUGCAGCGCACCGUGCAGACCUCUCCGCUGCUGCAACACCGCAUCAAGGAGGUCGUCCCUGACCGCAUGGUCAAGAUCUCCGAGGCCAUCCAGAAACGCGACUUUGACACCUUUGCCGAAAUCACCAUGGCCGACUCGAACAACUUCCACGCGUGCUGUCUCGACACGGCCCCACCCAUCUUCUACAUGAACGACGUCAGCCGUGCCAUCGUGCAGCUCGUCGAGGAGCUCAACCGUGCCAACGAAGCCGAUGGAAAGGGCAAGCUGGUCGCUUACACCUACGAUGCCGGACCGAACGCGGUUCUGUACGCACCCAAGGACAACAUGCCGCGCAUCCUGCAGACCAUCCGCCACUACUUUCCCAACGCCGAUUUCGACGACACAUUCGACCUGCUCGGCAAAGGCGUCAAUGCAUCGCAUCGAGGAGCUCAGGAGGCACUGAGUUUGCCCGAGUCGCUGCCCAGCUCGUUCAACGCCAACGUGAUCCCCGUGCACGAGGCAGGCGCCGUCCGCCGUCUCAUCCACACUCAGGUAGGCGAUGGACCUCGCGUGCUCGAGCGCGGUGCAGGAAAGGAGUCCCUACUCAACGAGAAUGGUGAGCCCAUCCGUUUGCAACGUGCCAAGCGUGCGUGA